CCCAAACGGGCCCGAAACCGAACGAAACCCAGUUUACAAUUGCGAUCUCUGCCUCUUGUCUCUCACUCUCUAUCGUCCGAACCCUAGCCCACUGCCCACAUCUGCAUCUCUUUCUCGUCUUUCUCCAGUCGCCGGAGGCCCAAAUUAUUCCCUGGUGAGUGGCGACUGCAGUCAAUCUCGCGGUCUCACCUCAAUUUUUCUCGCUUGCAUUGAAGAAUCUGAGCAGAGUCAUUGCUACUAGGUUCAAGAAAGAAGCUGUGCUCCACCCAUAAUUUCGCGGUCUCGCCUCAAUCUCCCUCAGGGUUUACGCCAAAAACUUAAUAAAUUACGGAGUGAUACAUACAUUAAGUGAAUGGCGGAGUCAUCAGAGGGGGAGGAGGAAGGGAAGCUGACCGGAGGGGACCAACAGCUGGUAGUGGAUGACGAUCUUCAUGAGAUGGCCAAGAAGGCCGCCUGGAGUGUCAGCUCAUGCAAGCCCGGAAAUGGCAUCCUCUCUCUCCGUGAUGACAAUCUCGACACCUAUUGGCACAUUGUAUUUGGAAAUUGGUAGAUCAGACGGUGCACAGCCUGAUGUGGUGAAUAUUCAAUUCCAAAAGAAAGUUAAACUGCAGUUGGUUGUUCUUUAUGUUGAUUUCAAGCUUGAUGAGAGCUAUACGCCUAGUAAGAUUUCAAUUCGUGCUGGUGAUGGUUUCCACAAUUUGAAGGAGAUAAAAGCAGUGGAGCUUGUGAAGCCAACUGGCUGGGUUUAUAUAUCUUUAUCGGGGAGCGAUCCAAGAAACAUACUCGAGAAGAGACUGGUUCGGUACAUAGAAAUAAAGCACGGUCAUAUGUCCAUGGAAACAUUUGUGAAUACUUUCAUGUUGCAAAUAGCAGUUUUGUCAAAUCAUCUUAAUGGAAGGGAUACUCAUGUGCGCCAAAUCAAAGUUUAUGGACCUCGACGGAAUCCUUUUCCACGCCAACCAUUUCAGUUCACUUCUACAGAGUUCAUUUCUUACUCUACUGUAAGAUGAAGUGCACUUUUCUUAUCUGAAAUGAGGAAAUUCAAAACAAGUGGCUUGCGAAAUUCAAAUUUCGAAGUGUUGGUCCUUCUUCAGAACUGAUUACAGAUGGAAAAAAAAACACUUGUAGAAAUUUCAAAAGGAUUGCUAGUCAGUCAGUCACAUAUGAACGGUAACAUGUCUGUUUCAGAUCCUAUAAUUCUUGACCAUGGACUUUGAAUGUUUCAGUUCUUCCUUUUUGGCUAUUUAAAAAGGGACAUCUUGCUAGGGGACAUGCUAACCCCACAAAUUUUAAGUCCAUGACAAGAGAAUUUGUUGCUUCUUUUUGUACUAUUUUCUUGUAACAGACAACGGUUUUUUUAUGUUUGUGUUCAUUUCGUCGAGCGUGUUUUACUUCUAUUAGACUAUGAACUAGAUUGGAAUUCUAUGAUUUA